AAGUUAAGCAUAUUCAAUAAUUUUAUACGGCAAUAAAAAUCGACAUGGAACUCAUUAUAAAAGGAUAUCAAUCCUUGUUGAAUUACAAAAGCAUGAGAGAAAAACUCAAUAUUUAAUUCAACUGCUUUCAAAGUUUUCCGAUUAUUAUUCGUAUUGAUUUUUCAAAUUGUUUUUGGGUUUCUUUUUUGCAGUUUUUCUUUUUCUGAAUUUUUUCAACUAUUUACCAUUCUUCAAAAGAGUCGCGUACAGUGGGAAAGAUUAGGGAGGAAGAGAAAGAGUGGAAGGAAGGUGAGGAGUGUUAGACUAUCGAGAGAAAGAGGAGUCUGAAAUUGGGGUUUGCUUGAUGGGGGAUGAGAAAUCGGGGAUGGUGGGUAUGAUGGGGAACGCCAGUAGAGAAAGAGAUCGGGAGCUACUCAUCCCCGUCGCUUCCUCCGCCGCCGUUGACGACCGUGAUUCCAAGCCUUCGUCGUCAUCCGCCUCUGCUCACCACCUCCAUGCCGGCCGCGAGACAUUCUACAAAGUUUUUAGGAGCUGGGCUUCAAAGAAAUUCAUGACUGGAUGUGUCAUCCUAUUUCCCAUAGCAGUCACGUUUUAUAUAACAUGGUGGUUCAUUCACUUUGUCGAUGGAUUUUUCUCCCCCAUCUAUGUGCAACUUGGGAUCAAUAUAUUUGGUCUGGGGUUUGUUACUUCAAUCACUUUCAUUUUCUUGGUUGGAGUAUUCAUGUCAUCCUGGUUAGGGACUUCUGUUUUAAGUCUUGGUGAAUGGUUCAUCAAAAGAAUGCCAUUCGUUCGUCAUAUCUAUAAUGCAUCAAAGCAAAUUAGUUCUGCCAUAUCUCCAGAUCAGAACACUCAGGCUUUCAAGGAAGUUGCUAUCAUAAGGCAUCCACGUAUCGGUGAAUAUGCAUUUGGGUUCAUUACUUCAUCUGUAGUUCUACAGAAUUAUUCAGGAGAUGAGGAGCUAUGCUGCGUGUAUGUUCCAACAAAUCAUCUCUAUAUUGGUGAUAUGUUCCUUGUGAAUGCAAAAGAUGUUAUAAGGCCAAAUUUGUCAGUCCGUGAAGGAAUCGAGAUUGUUGUAUCAGGUGGCAUGUCGAUGCCUCAGAUUCUAUCAACUUUGGACCCAACAAUUAUUCGGAGUUGAUAGCGAUGUUUAAACCUGACAUUGGAUAUGUUAGACGUAGCCUGGCGGCCUUAAAAUUCCAUCACCAAAUUCCAGAACUGCAGAACGGAUUGCGAGCGUGGGUACAAUGAAUUAGACAAGUUAAUCUUCUUUAUUUUGUGUUUUUUUAAGGUUUAGAUUGAGAGUGCUUUUGUAGCAAAACAAUGACCAGUGUACACUGUAGAGAAGUAGAGGGGCUUGUGUGGAAAUAUAGUUUUUUUGAUUAAAUUAGUACUUGCAAUUUCAUUUAUAGGUGGUUUGGGUUUUAUGAUAACUUCUAAAGUCACCCCCCCUCUUGGUUGCUUGGGGAUUUCUUCUUCUGUCAACUUUUUUACUCUGUAAAUGGAAGGGUGGGACUGUUCUCUGGCAAUUUCAUUUAAGUUAGUGGUUAUUUGUUUUCUUCUAAGUUGUAAGCACAAUUAGACUCUAGAUUAGUGAUGUGUGUAACCUCUCGUUACUAUUUUCAGUUUCAAGUUUCUUGGCAUUGUUAGUAUGGUUGUUAAUUAAGAGAGUAGUUCAUG